GGAGAGGAGAGGAGAGGAGAGGAGAGGUGUUCGGGACCGGACCGGACCGGACCUGCAUCAUGGAGCGCAAACUGAAAACAUCACAAAGGAUUUACAUCUGGCGUGACGGCGAGACUGCACGCGCGGUGCAACAGGAGUGCGCGCGCGAGGAUUAAAAAUAAAAAUAAAGUAUAAUAAUAAUAAUAAUAAUAAUAAUAAUAAUAAUAAUCAGAACCACCUCAGAAGAAUGACUGUUGGAGUGGAGCGAGCCGCGCGCGCGUGUGCGAGGAUGCGGGGUUCUCUGUAGACGCGCGCGCGCUUGAGGACGCACGUUUGCGUAACUCCAGUACCGGUGUUUAGGAUGCGCGCGCUGAGGAGGAGGAGGAGGAGGGUUUAAGAGCGAGCGAGCGAGCGAGUUUCCUCCGGCGCGCGCGGUCAUGGGUGUGCUGCUGCUCUGCCUCAUUCUGCACGCAGGACUGGCGCGCGCCACGCACGACGGCUACGUGGAGUGGUCGGACGGCGGUGACGAUGACGACGACGACGCUGCUGCUGCUGCUGCUGCUGAAAUCGGCGCGAGGCAACACCGUGUCCGUGGCACGGAGCGCACGACUUCGGCGGGGGCCGGAGCGGAGGAACUGCCGCGCGUGGUGGCCGCCUUCCUACACACGGGCGACGCGUCCGCGCUCGCGCACGUGAACUGCUCGCGGCGUUACGAGCUCAGCAGCCUCGGUUCCGCUCCGCCGGCGCCCUCCGUCGCUUCCGUGCGCUCCGUUCGCGCAGCGCUGGACGCCGUGUCGCGCGCCGCCGACUUCCUGAACGCGCUGGCGCGCGAGACGAAGCAAGAGGAAGCGGAAGCGCAGCAGCAGGUGUGGUAUCGCGCGCUGGUUCGGAGCAUGCUGGACCGCGAGCCCAGGAUCCACCGCGCCGCUCUCGCGCUCCACACCGAGCAGCUCCACCUCCAGGCCACGAGGACGGACGGGCGCGUGGAGCUGCGAGAGCUCUCGGGGGAGGAGUCCGAGCGGAGCCGCCAGGGCCGGAAAAGAACCCGGAUGACGGCGCAGACUCGAAGCCCUCAGGGAACGCAAGGUCACGUGCAGUGGUCUGCGCCUUACCUGGAGUGUGAGCGCGCGCGCUUUAUCCCGCACUGGCUGCUUACACUGUCGCUCAAAGUGUACCGACCGAACCCGAACCCGGACACAGGGCCAGAGAUCAGGGGCGUGGUGAAGGUUGAUGUCAACCUGCAGGACGUGGAUAUUGAUCAAUGCUCCAGCACUGGCUGGUUCGCCGGGACUCACCGCUGCAAUCUGACCACCAUGGAGUGUAAACCGAUUCCAGGCCACGGCUUUGUGUUGGACAAGUACAAGUGCCAGUGCAGGAAGGGGUUUUACCAACACAACCGAGUGGCGCUCAACGGCUUCUCCAAACCGGAGCAGGAUCCCGAACCCUCAGACGUGCCGGCUCUCUGUCUGCCGUGUCAGGAUGGCUGCGUGUUCUGUCGGGACGACACGCCGUGUCUGGCCCAGGAGGAUGGCAUCCUCCGUCUCGCCGUCGUCUCGUUCCAGAGCCUGUGUGUGCUCCUCGACUUCAUCUGCAUGACCGUGGUGUACCGCUUCCGCCGCAGCAAGAGAAUCAAAGCGUCUGGGUUUAUUCUUCUCGAGGCCAUCCUGUCCGGUGCCAUGCUCCUCUACCUUCCUGUGAUGAUCCUUUACUUUCAGCCAAAUGUACUGCACUGCAUUCUCCUGAGAUGGGUUCGCCUCCUGGGCUUCGCUACGGUGUACGGAACGGUGAUCCUCAAGCUCUUCCGGGUGUUAAAGGUGUUCCUGUCGCGUACAGCCCAGCGCAUCCCCUACAUGACCAGCUGCCGUGUUCUGCGUUUGCUCAGUGCCAUAUUGCUCAUAGUGCUCUGGUUCCUGGUGGCCUGGACCUCAGCUGUGUGUCAGAACCGUGAUUCCAAUCAUGGACUCGUCGAAGACGGCGUGACGCUCGAGGGUCUGCAGUUCACCAUGUGCACUCUUGACCGCUGGGAUGACAUGAUGGCUGUUGCCGAGCUCCUCUUCCUGCUGUGGGGGGUCUACCUGUGCUACGCCGUUCGCACCGUGCCCUCCGCCUUUCACGAGCCACGCUACAUGGCAGUCGCCAUCUAUAACGAACUCCUCGUCUCGGCCAUAUUUCACAUCAUCAGGUUCACCCUAGUUCCUGGACUCCAUCCAGACUGGAUGUUGAUGUUAUGCUUUGUUCAUACACAUUUAACAGUGACGGUGACUCUGGGAUUGCUGCUCAUCCCAAAGUUUGUGUUCACUGGUACUCACAGGCAGGACGACGUUACCACUGAGGCUUACGAGGACGAGCUGGACAUGGGCCGAUCCGGCUCCUAUUUGAACAGCAGCAUAACUUCUGCCUGGAGUGAGCACAGUUUGGACCCUGAAGACAUAAGAGAGGAGCUAAAGAAGCUCUAUGGCCAACUAGAGAUCUAUAAGCGAAAGAAGAUGAUGACGAAUAACCCUCAUCUCCAGAAAAAGCGCAACUCCAAAAAAGGCAUCGGACGUUCGUUUAUGCGGCGUAUCACAGAAAUACCCGAGACAGUGAGCCGUCAGUACAGUCGGGAAGACAGGGAUGGAAGUGAACAUGGUAGCAAUCGCAGUACCCUACGUAGAAGCCCAUUUGAAUCUUCCCAUGGUGGAAAAUCCAGAGAAGACUCUCUAAAGAGUAAGGUAUUCUCCUUGAAAAGGUCCCAUAGCUAUGACCAUUCACAUGACCAGGUGGGGAACGUGAAUGGUGUACCAGUCGAUAAAAUGGACAACUCUACAACCGAGUUGUCUCUGCUGGACACCUUAAUGGGGAGAAGGUCUGCAAAGAAAAAUCCAGAGACACCAAAGGUCAAACCUGCAGAAUCUGCAGAGUCGGUGCCACUUGUGUGCAAGUCCAUCAGCGCACACAAUCUGGCAGCAGACAAAAAGUCGAUGCAUCUCCGGUCCUCAAUGAUACAGAAGUCUCUCAGCGUCAUAGCCAGUGCUAGAGAGAGAACUCUGGGGCUUGCCGGAAAGACCCAUAGCGUUGAGGACGCAAGUAAGAAAGGCCUCAAGGCCAAAGAUACCAGGGUGCUUUCAGAAGUUGAUGAAUCUACUGAAAGCUUCCCAAAGAUGAUCAUCAGCCAAUCCGUUGAGUACACCAAGACCCCAAGCAAAAUGGGCAUCAUGAAGCAACAAGUGAGUGGAAGUCAACCUUCAAUUUGCUCUGAACCAGGGAGAAGCAAGGACCUUUAUGACCUUUCGGAGGUUUGCCCCUGGGAAAUGGAAGAUUUGCCCACUUUGUCAGAAGGGAGAGCUCAAAAGCAUGUUUCUAUUGCCCCAAGUGAGAUUAGUACAAUUCAUGAGAGCAUCUCUAAAAGUGGAAGGUUUCAACACAAACAAAGGAUGGUGGUUCCAUCUCCAUCAAACCGCCGGCGCUCCAAAGAUAAGGGUGGUACCAGAGAAGACGACAAGAAUGAUGGGAGGAAACCCAAAACACCACUUAAUUUGAGUGCCGAUAAAGCAGAGGUCUGCCCUUGGGAAUUUGAGGCUCCGUCUUCCAAAGGAGUCGAGACCCUUGACAGGAAUACCCGCAAGAAAAGUGUCACUCCGACAGAUGGAAACCCCAAGAUCAUCCUUUCAGACAUCUCCAAAUCCACUGGAAGCCUUUUGCAGCCUCCAGCCCUUAUGAUGGAUAUUUGUCCAUGGGACUAUGACCAACCACCAUCUCCGAACCAGGACAAGACCUCAAGCCCCACACAUCAUUCAAAGAGAAGGGACUCUAACUCAAAAAGGAAAGGUUCUUGCUCAUCAAAAGGGAAAGGGAAGGAUAAAGAGGACGACAGCCAAAGAUCCAAAAUCAGGGAGAGGAGAAGCUCUUCCAGCAAACCUUCUGAAAAACGCCGUGUCAGCCAGACAUCAGAGAGCGGCCAGGUUACCAUGACAGCAUCUGGUAGAAGGAGAAGCUCAACAAAAGAGGCUGGAAUCACUGAUAGCAAACGUGCUGAAGUAUGCCCUUGGGAAACCGAGUGUGUGCCAAGUGUCACCACAAAAGAUGGAGACAUCCGCACAACAGCUCAAACAACCGCACCAGCUGCCAGAAAACUCAACAUGGCUGAGGUUUGCCCUUGGGAUUUCAAUGACAAGACAUUAGGGAACCAUGCAUGACACCUGUACACACUUAUGAGUGGAUGUUAAGCUCUCCAGAUGGGAUUCCUGAGAUGAAGAACGGUGACAUAAGAAUUGCCUUAAGGUCAUUUGUCUCAAUACAGUUUUCAAAAGCCCAUCUCACACUAACAAAAUCCUGAAGAUUAACUCCCAUAACUUACUGCCAUUUUGUUUACACGAACCAGCUUGACCAGUCAACAUGACCCGAGAAAGUGGUGGAACGUCCUCCUUACCCCGUUGGUUUUGAAUCCCCUUUUUAAAAAAAAGUGCUUUCACAUAUGCAGUGUUCAGUCGUUUUGAAUGGAACCCUGGUGUGUUCUCAUCUUCAGGCAGUCACAAAAUGUUUUAAGCAAGUUCAUUGUUCUCAGUGCUUGGGAAUUUUUUUGUGAUUUCUAAAAGCUUGUUUACAUUUUCCCCCUAUUUCUGGGCAGUGAAUGAAAGAGUUUUAUGACGAUUUUUUUUGUACUCCACGCAUCUCCGCCAACGUUUGUUGGAUAUGAAACAAACGAAACAAAAAGUUCCUCGACAAGCAGUUGACUGUACGUGUGAAAGCAUCCAGAGAACUGCUCAAAAUUUCAAACGUGAUGAAACAAAAGCACAAAUUCCAUGUUGUAGUGAUGUUUAAACACUAAACAACCCCGAACUCAGAUAUGGAACUGCGUACCAAUGAAAAGGAAUCAUGAAAGGCAAAUAUUUUACCAAUUCAGUGCACAACACAAGUUCUGAUCUAGUUAAUGUAGUAAAUACUAUAUAUAUAGUCAUUUUUAACCAAAGAAUAUUUAACAUCUUGAGCGUCUGCUAAACAUGCAUCUUUACACAGUUCAUUCUAAAUUAUUAGCUCACUCAGAACACAGAUAUUUCUUCAGCAGGAGAGCACAACGUGUUUUUGGGGGGAAUUGCAUGGAUGAGUGGCUUGGUUGCGUUAUUGUUGAUCUCUUUUUUUUUUCCUCCCCCCCCUUUACUCCCACUUGAAUACUGUAGUGUUGUGAUUUUGCAUCAGUAUUCUCUGCUGUAAUACGAGUAACACGUCGUCACUCGACUGGAUAUUUAUCUCUGUAUCCUAUGAAACAGUGUUCCAGUGGUUUCUGCAUGACCGUGAAUAAACAAAACACAGUCCCUGUAUUUUUAUUUAUUUAUUUUUGGGUUCUUAUGAAAUGCCCUUGACGAAAAGACGCUUCCCAGAGCAAGCGGUUGCAUCCAGACUGCAGCAUUUCUAUUGUACGUUUAUAUCGUGCUCGUCCGUGAUGGCAUGUACAGAAAAUACCUCCAGCCUGCAAUAAACAUUAUGUUCAGAUUUUAA